ACUCAACUUAACAGUUCCUAUUUAUUCUUUUAACUGAAAAGUACAAAAAUUUCGUACGUCAAUGACAUCAAAAACGUUCUUGACGAUUGUAUGCGAAAAACGCCUUAAAAAAUCGACAUUGAGCAAUAAGAGUCUUCAACAUCUGGUAUUUUCACACCCAAUGCAAUGCUCCAUGCAAAUUCGACCAGAAAUAAAAUGCUGACUCAAAAAUCGCUAGACCUCCAAGGGCUGUGCAUGCAGCUUACAAUUCUAACAAAAAACAACAUACAUCUACUUAGCUCACAAAAUUAUUUUGGAAAAAAAAAACUUUCAAUAUGUGAUAACAGAAGUAUAUUGAAAUUAUAGUUGGCUAAAGUUUAUUCUCAGAAUGUAUCUCAAUUUUCAGAUUGCUAGAUUUUUAGUUUAUAUGACACUUAAUGUUUAUACAGUAAACUUGUGGAAGUAUUAUGUUAGAUGAAAAGUGCUUAUUAAGAUUUAGUUUUGGUUUUUACCGUUUUGUUUAACCUAUGUUCUUGGUGUUUAUGUGUGACUAGUUUGUCAUGUUUAGAUUUAGCAAUAGUUUCUGUAUAGAAUUGUUUUGAGUAUUUUUUAGCAAAGACUUGUAUGGAGUUAGUUUUAUUUCUGUUUCUCUUAUUAUAACUGUAUAUUAUAUAUAUUACUCGAGACAAGGAAAGAGUAAUUAUUAUAGUAUUAUUAUAUAUUUAAUUAAAAUUCAUACUCUGGAUUGAUAUACUGCAAUCUUUCUUAUAUUUCAGGAUUAGAACAGGAAAACAAACAUUUGUGGAUGGAUAGUGAUUCAGAUUGGGACAGUCUAUCUGGUGAUGGUCCUUCACUAAAAUCAUGUACUGAUGCUCAAAAGUCUUCUAUCAAAGACUCAACUAUUAAUGGAUUACCUGAAAAAGCCAAUUAUCAUUUCCAGAAUCAAAGUUUUCAAAAGGCACAAACAAAAACUUGCAAAAUUAGUGCUAAAACUGCAACAGGGGAGCGUUCGAAAUAUGGAGGAUUUAAGUCAACUCACUCACAGGAUAUAACUGGCAUAAACCGAAAUCUUUGUAGUAACCAAGAACAUAAUACCUUGGACAAUCUUCCUUACUUACAGUUUGAAGAUACAGAGAAAGUAAGAAAUCACCUUCGCAAUAAAAAAACUCCAAACAAAAUUAAGACGAUGUAUGUUGCAGAACAAGAUGGUAGCUCCUGUAGUGAGCACGAGGGUUUGACAGAUGGAAGAAGCCUUGAUAACAAUAUGGCGUAUGAUAACCCUGAACAUGUCACAAUCAAGCCAAAAAAACAGAGAGAUGCUAUCCCAAAAAGCGAAUUCAACGUUCAGGACAAAUCAGCCAGAGAUAACUAUGCGGAACUUCUUAUGGAGCGUAAUUUUACAAACUUUGUUGACCCUGUUGAAAAAUCCGAUAUGCAAAAUGGACCGUUUGCGCAGAAUUUAUUGAACUUCAAAGAAGAACGAUAUUAUUACGAAAAGACUUAUCACAACUGCUAUUCAAUCCUGAUUAACAAUACAGCUCUUACACCCAAAUGGGCUGAUAGGUUUGAACCGCACCUCCGUCGUGUUUGGCAAGAACUUUUUGGUGUAUUGCAUAUAAUCUUGGAUAUCUUUCUCAUCUUUAUCUUGGAGCUUGCAAGAUUUUGUUGCGCGACACUGCGGAAGAUCAUCGUUGGAUUUAUAACCAUAUUAGGUGACUCUUUCUGGAAACCCUUCCUUUCUUCGCUAUUCAAUUCACUGCUACAACCGUUUUUUGUACUUCUGUGGAACGUCUUGGACGGAGUGCGAACAUUUAUUCAACCUGCUAUUCGUAUGUUAUCGCAAGUUUUUGAACAGCUAGCUAUUUUGUUGCGCGCGUUUAGACUGUGUGAAUAUAAGGCUGGGAAGGAGACAGUGACCAAAAAUAUUUAAGUAUGCAAAUAAACUAGCAAUUAAACUAACCGUCUGCAUAUCUACAGAUGCUUAUCGUUUGAGUUUUUCUUUAAGUACGGUUUUGGAAAACCGCCAAGCUCUUAAAGGGUGUUAUAAAUAAAUUAAACAACUUUAACGUAUAAUUUUGUUUACUGAUGGAAUCUUUAUUCGUACAUGCUUAUCCGGGCUUAAAAAAAUUACCUUGAUCAAACAGUCGUUAACAAUCAAUCAAAAAGUAGGUAAUUAAAAUAAGAAGAGAAAUUUCAAAAAGCACGCAAACUUAAACAAAUUUAUGUAACCCUCUUUCAUUGCUCGCUAUUACGUCACCACCACCUUCCCCCCUUGAAAGCAACGAAAGAUGAUGAUAUAUAAUUCCACGGUAAAAUUUUUAACACGCUAUUGUAAAAUACACGACUGACUGUUUUUAUUUCCCUGUUGUAACUUCACAACUCGCAAAAUAGCUAUAAUGUUUAUUUUGUAAACUAUAAAUUUACUGUUAUUAUGUUACAUAUUUAUAGGUGGUUAUAAUUAGAAUACCAUUACCGUGAAUCCUUAAUAAACGCCCUUUCCUCUAAAAACCGUAAUAUUUAAAAAAUGCCUCGCUCUAAUGGACGCCCUUUUAAGAGGGGCGUUAAAUAAAAAAAUAUUACCAGAUACGUUUUUAAUGGGAAAAAACGAAUGACAAGUGAUUAAACAAAGGGUGGAGACUUCCUGUAAAUCUUUUUUACUUCCUGAACAUCCAAUGUUUAUACUUGAUAUGGAAACAAAGCAUUUCGUUGGGAAUUUAACAGAGUCAUGUUCGCCCCCACUUAAAGGUACAAACUAAGCGCCCCGGUCGUUUAUUCGAGGUUUUACGGUAUAUAUAUAAAUGAGGGAAAGUUCUGACUGAAAAAAAUCCUAAAUAAUAGUGGAAAAAAGUAUCUUCCCCUGCGUCAGUACUAAUUUCUAAAGUUAUAAGUUUUGUAUAAAUUGUUAUUUAUUACCUAUUGUUGUAUAUAACAUUGUAAAUAUCGUGUUUACCGAAAAUUUAAUAAAAAUUUAAACAAUUUUAUCAGCAUCCGUAUUUUAUCUCUUGCGAAGGUACAAGAGGAACAGUCUUUAAGUGUCUCAGAGUGUUUUUGACAAAAAAUUGUUCGCCAAAUCAUUUUAAAGCUUCCUUCCUUUAAAUCUUGCAACAACCUUCCUUUAGAUUUUACAACAACGGCUCCCUAGGAACUACAUCAAACACGAACUUAAUAAUUUAUUAGGCGUUGCGUGAAGAAAGUAUAUUGGAUCAGCUCAGUAAUUUUGUUUACCUGGCGGCAGUUUCAGACAUGCCUUGUACAGGUGAUUUCAUAUAUUGCCUACCG